ACAUCAUGAGCCAUCACAAGUGACAAGCCCAACUCUGCUGUUAUGGCCUGUAGCGAUUGCUCAUCUCGAUGCCUGAGGUAUAUAAUGCGUGAAUGCUGAGCUGACAGGUUGCGCUCUGCUGUAAACUGCUUCAUUCACAAGACUCACACCUAGCUUUAUUGCAAACAUCAGCCAUAUCAACCACGUUCCGCAAUUACAGUACACAUCAUGUCUGACCAAGGCGGCGACUUGUUUGCGAUGGCCAAGGACGGCACCAAGGUCCCCGAAGAUGCCGCCAAGCCCAACAUUGUCCCGUCCAAGCCCAGCGCGAGCCAACUCAAAGACACUACAGGCGGCCUCGGAGCUGCCAGUCUCGAGGCUGCGGCCGACAACUACACGGUAGCUUCGAAUGGCCUCGGAGACGGCAUUACCGGUACUGGAGAUGUCCUGCCCGACUCGACGACGGCCAAGACAUUCGGCUCGAACAGCUACGGCGGCAAGAACCCGCACAAGGAGAGUCGCGGGCACGGAAGGGCUUCGGCGGUGCUCAGCUCCAAGGUGAACCGCGCUGAGAAAGAGGAGCGGGAACCGGAGCGGGUAUUGUAGUGUAUCGGUAUGUAGGGCGACUCUUUGGUAGAGCAAGUGUGCUCUACGCGCGGUGAUUGCAUAAUCGAAUAUUUUGCGGCGCAGGAGAUAAAGCACGGGGUGUAAUUAUUUGGGAGUUGAUGCCGUACACGCUGCAACGUUACGCAACGGAGUGCGCCCCCAGCAGAUUGAUUUGGCACGAUCCGUGAGGAUGAGGUUGAGACAUAGUGUACGCACAUUGGGCGUGAAGCACAGGC